AUGAGCCCUCCUUCCUCCAAACCGAAGAAUGGCGGCAAUACCUCCGGCCCUCGACAGAUUCGCUUCGUCGCCACCGAUGGCCAGCCACAGACCAAGCGCCGCCGAGUGAAUGCCGCUUGUUUGACUUGUCGCCGUCGCAAGAUCAGAUGCUCGGGGGAACAGCCAGGUACGAACUUGCUAUUUAUCGCCCUUAAUGAGCGACACACCGCUUACACUGAAUUUAGGUACGGCGAAUCGACUGCCCAUCAGCGAUCCCAGUCCGAUUCCGCUUCGCGCAUGCCACCCGCCCCUCCUGUCGACUCGAGCGAUACAAAUCUGCACAAAGAACGGGCGGAGAGCUAUUCACCCGAGCCUGUUCCGGCAGUGGCUCCAAGACCUUUGUCCAAACCAACACCCAAUAGGUCACCGGUGACAAAGCAAUCGGACUCAAAGGAUGCAUCAUUAUCUCGAGACACUUCAGCGCGCAAAGAAUCCGACUCGCAUGGCGCUGGCGAUACCCCCGGAAGCAGCCGGACAUCUCUAAGCUCUGGAAACCGCACCCAUGUCCCGUAUUUUCGAUAUUUUGGACCUACUGCAAUUGUGCCCGGCUUCAAACAAAUGGUUGUGCAAGUUCGAGGAUCACGCAAGAGCAAUCCGUCAAUGUCAUCAGGUUUGUUCCUACCCAUCCUGGCAGGGCAGCUGAAUGCGUCCGUGUAUUGCCUUUCCACUGAUGCUAAUUACGUCGGUAUAGAGUCUCUGUCCCCACUGCGUAGUCCUAGGACUUCAGAUACACCCGGUGGCCCCUCUGCGAUUGACAGCCGUGACAGUAGAGACGCCAACACGAUCCCAUUUUACGACCGAGAUGACACACCCCCAGUAUCAAAUUUAGUCUCUCACUUGUGCGACCUCUUCUUCACGCACCUUGGCUGCAAUUUUCCAUUCCUUCAACGAGAAAGGUUCCUUCAGGACCUCAAAGAGAAGAAGGUUGACACUAUGCUGGUGGAUGCCGUUUGCGCAUUAGCUGCUAGGUUCUCACCUCACCCGUUACUUGGACCUCCUCAGGCACCACCCAUCGAUCGUUCACAGCUGCUGCCCGACAUCAAAAUGUGGGACCGCGGACUACCUUUUGCACACCGAGCAAUGAGUGCACUGGUUGAUUCACUCUCCUGUCCAACCCUCUCCGCUGUCCAAUCCUGUCUAUUACUGGCUUACGAGCAGUUUGGCUCUAACCAUGAUAGUGGCCUUUGGAUGUACUUGGGGAUUUCUAUCAGAAUGGCACAGGACCUUGGCUUGCAAAAGCUUCAAGGGUUGAAGCACAACUAUGGACGGAAAGGAGUGACGCCGAGUGAAGUGAUGACUGGACAGGCUGGCAAGCUACGAGAAGAUCAGUAUGACGAUCUUGACGUAUACCAAAGUCCUAAGACACUACCACCCGUUUUUGGAACUGAACGUGCCCGAGAAAAGGAACGAGUUGAUACUUUCUGGAGCAUCUUUUUCCUUGAUCGGGUCAUCUCUUCUGGAACCGGUCGGCCAGUUACCCUGCGUGAUGAGGAUAUCGAGCUUUGCUUUCCUCUUCAGUCCGAAUCCCAAUUACCAAAUGGCUGGCCUGCACCAUUUCCGCCACUAAUUCGGGUCAUUCAUCUCUACGGGAGAGUGACGGAUCUUAUUAACGGUAUACAAGAUGUCAACCACGUCACUUCUGACACGCUCAAGAGGCUGGCGGGUAUGGAAAGUGAUUUGACAGGCAUUUAUCAGCGGUUAUCUCCGAAAUUGCAUUUUAACGCAGCGAAUUUCCAAGCAUAUGUCAAAGCGAAGGAGGGAACUAACUUCAUUCUGCUUCAUUUUUGGUUUCACACAUUAAUUGUCUUGCUUCACCAACCUACUCUCUUGAAUUCAUUUGGCGGAUCAAUACAGCAUCUUUACCCUAACAGCCGCGAACUUUCAAUGUCCUCGGCGAAGACAAUCGCUGAUAUUCUAUCAUUCUCGGAACUGGUGGAUGGGAAGAGCUUCAUCGGGAACCCUUUCACCAGCCAGCCAAUGUACAUUGCGGCUUGUGCCUUCUUGAUGGAAAGCGCAUACUAUGCGUCGCCUGCAUCGAGAGGAACAUCGCCUCUUCCGCAGCCAUUGUUGAACAAUCAAUCUAGUGGUUUUGUGAUGCCCGCAAUAGAGCCGUCUCAUGGUUCAGAACGCAAUCCAACUGCCAAGCACAUUUUGCUUGCCUCCGCCGCCAAGGAGAAUUACCAACGCUGCUACAAGGCGCUGAAGGCGCUGAAUUCGUACUGGGAAGGUACCGGAUACAUCUUGACGGUGCUAGAUCAGAAGGCUAAGGGUAUUGUGAAUCCUCUUCUGUACACAACAGAGGAUAUGGAGAACACCGCAGGCGAAACACCACUUGGAGCUGGCGGCUGGCGCCCAACGGAUGUACCUCAAAUGUCCGAGAGACCCCCGGGCGUGGCCGAUGUCCCGACCGAUGGGAGAUGGUCCCCAAAGUUUGAUCCCAGUCAAGCCAUUGGAUGGGCAUUGACUGGAGCCACCAACUCUUCCCAGCCCAACCUGAGUUUACUGUAUCAGAUGCCCACAACAGAGGCCGAGGCCCGCCCUGCCAAACCCGCCUAUUCGUCGCAAUAUAGUCACAGCUUUCCACCAUUACCCGUUGUCACAAAUGCUGGAGCAAGUUCGAGUUCCUCUUUUGCGCAUCCUCUCACCCCCUCCAUCUCCCACGGUGAAAGCCAGGCGUCUUCCCUUACCACGGCCAACAGCAAGUAUCCUCAAGUUCCUUCUCAUACCAUCGGCACGGAAUCACCAUAUUUUAUGGGCAUAAACUCUCCCUACCCCGAGUCAGGGCCUGGCGCCUCAGGGCACUCGAGCUACAACCCAGCCUUUUCAUCCAACCAAAUGGAUGGCCAGGCUUCUGCCUAUGCUUACCCAGUCUCCUCUGGGGCUACGGAAAACCAUGGCAAUCAUGCGCAUAUGGGUGCUAGAAAUAACCUGCCUCUCUCAUUGCACGCCCACAAUCCAGGCAUGAUGAUCGGAAGCCACGAUGUCGAUAUGAGCUCCCUACACGAUCAAGAAUCAUUUCCUUUCUCCAACAGUGAGAUUGUGCCAUGGCUGGAAUAUCUCCCGCAAGAUGUUCUCAGCUUCUUUGGUGAAAAUCAUAAUUACCCUCUCAUGAGCCCCGACGACAGUACUCGACCUUCGCAGUAA